UGUGAUCGGUGUUGAAAAAAUAUUCUGUGACACGAAAAACAGGUUGGACAGCUAUUUAUUUUUUGAGAAAAAAAAACGUUUUGCAGGUGAUGGCAGACCUUGGACUGAAGGAGGGGGACAGGGUGCUGCUGAUAUGGACUCAGCCAUCAUCUCCCACUGCACUGAAGGAGUUUGCUGAAAGCAUUGGCAUUGCUGUUGGUAACCAGAGUCUGGUGUCUUUGGAGAACAUGGAGAGACUACAAUUGUCUUUUCAUGCAGCUUCUAGUUAUGACUGGGUUCUCUCAGGCCUGCUGACCGACAGCUCACCAAUCCACAGUUCAGAAAUGCAGGCUGAGAUCGCCAGAGUGAUGAAACCUGGUGGCAAACUUGUGCUAGAAGAGCCGGUGACAGGUUCUGAGGAUAAUAGUGUGAGAACCGCGGGGAAACUGAUGUCAGCUCUUAAACUGUCUGGAUUAGUAUCUGUUACUGAGGUCAGUCAGUAUUCA